AUGGAUAUUACUGGUACCAUCCCACCGCAACUUGGCAACCUUUCUUUUCUUGUUUCACUUGAUCUAAGCAAAAACAAUUUCCACGGUGAACUUCCACCAGAGUUGCUUCUUUCGCGAAAGUUGAGAGACGUUGAUCUUAGUUACAACAACUUCACCAUAGAAAUACCAAAAGGAAUAGCCAAUCUUCCAAAUUUGAAAUGGUUCAUCUUGAGAUAUAACAAAUUACUCAAUGGCUCCAAUGUGCUCUCCAUCUUUAACACCUCAACACUUGAAAUUUUGGAUCUCAGAAGUCACAAGUACCGGUUUAACUGUAUGACAGGCACAAUUCCUGAUGAGAUUGGUCAUCUGUAUAACUUGAAGUUAUUGUUCGUGGAUAAUAAUAGAUUAACAGGGUCAAUCCCUUCAACCAUAUUCAACAUUUCAUCACUUGGACGUGUAAUUCCAGAUGAAGUCGGUAACCUUCCUGAGUUGUCGUUCAUUUCCUUGUCUUUCAAUGACUUUACAGGGUUGAUCCCUAUUGGCAUUUUCAAUAUCUCAUCUCUUGUAGGUCUGGGAAUCUUAGGAAACCACAUUUCGGGUAGUAUUCCUUCCUCUAUAGGCAAUGGCUUACCUAAUAUCGAAGGAAUUUAUCUAGUUGGAAAUAACAUCAAUGGUGCUUUACCUAGUUCCAUCUCAAAUUUGUCUAAGCUUGAAUUUCUCAAACUAGGUGGAAAUGAACUUACGGGUUCAAUUCCCGAAUCUCUAGGAAAUUUAAGACUACUUAGAAAUCUCAACUUGUACGAUGAAAUUGGAAAUAUGAGAAAGUUAUCUACUUUGGAGUUGGAUGACAAUGACUUAACUGGAAUUAUCCCGACAACGAUAAGUUCUUUGAAAAACCUUCAACGGCUUUCACUUGGUGCAAACAGAAUAAGUGGUCCUUUCCAAAUUGUUUUAUGUGAGCUACCCAACUUGGGCAUGCUAAACCUUUCACAAAAUCAAAUGUGGGGAAAUAUUCCUAGUUGCUUAGGGGAUGUGACUUCUCCAAGGGAGAUUUAUCUUGAUUCCAAUAACUUCUCUGCUAGCAUACCUUCAAGUCUAUGGAACCUCAAAGACAUUUUAAAGCUGAACUUGUCUUCUAAUUUCUUCAAUGGUUCUCUUCCACUAGAAGUUGGAAGCCUCAAGGCUGUAACACUUCUGGAUCUUUCCAGAAACCACAUCUCAGGCAACAUUUCAAGCACAUUGGGAGGUCUACAGAAAUUGACUCAACUAUCUUUGGCUCAUAACAGAAUUGAAGGAUCUAUUCCUGACACAUUUGGGGAACUCAUAAAUUUGGAAGCGAUGGAUAUCUCAUAUAACAAAAUGUCUGGUGUGAUUCCAAAGUCAUUAGAAGAACUUAAGCAACUACGCUCCCUUAAUGUCUCAUUCAACAGGUUACACGGUGAAAUUCCAAGUGGAGGACCAUUUGUUAAUCUUACUUACCUAUCUUUCAUGUCGAAUGAAGGAUUGUGUGGUAACUCUCAAAAGCAUUUCCCAGCUUGUCCUUCUAAUUCAAAGAAUCAUUCUAAGUCAAAGAAAAGAAUAAUGAUAUGGAUUGUAGUUGCCUUUUCAGUUAUCUCUGUGAUAGUGCUAACGUCAGCAAUAGCUUUCGUGUUGAUGAGACAUCGGGGCACAACAGUCAACGCAGAAGACGAGGGGUUGGCUGAGGUAGCACCACCAAGAAUAUCUUACUAUGAACUUCAAAGAGCAACUCAGGGCUUUGAUGAAAUUAACUUGCUAGGUAGUGGAAGUUUCGGUUCUGUUUACAAAGGGACAUUGGCAGAUGGGAUGAUUGUAGCUGUUAAAGUUUUCAAUGUGCAGAUGGAAGGUACAUUUCAAACCUUUGAUAGAGAAUGUGAAAUCUUGCGGAGUCUUCGUCACAGAAAUCUCACAAAGAUCGUUAGCAGCUGUAGUAACUUGGAUUUUAAGGCAUUGAUACUUGAGUACAUGCCAAAUGAGAGCUUAGACAAGUUGCUAUAUUCUAGAGAUUUCUGUUUAAGUAUGAUGCAAAGAUUGAAUAUCAUGGUUGAUAUUGCAUCUGCUCUGGAAUAUCUCCAUCAUGGUUACUCAGUACCAGUUAUUCAUUGUGAUCUGAAGCCUAGCAACGUGUUACUUGACAACAACAUGGUGGGACACCUGACUGACUUUGGCAUUGCGAAACUUUUAACCAAAGAAGAAUCUAUUGCUCACACUACAACCUUUGCGACAAUUGGUUACAUUGCUCCAGAGUAUGGUCUGGAAGGCCUUAUAUCCAAGAGGUCUGACGUUUAUAGUUUUGGUAUCAUGCUGUUGGAAAAUUUUACCAAGAAGAAACCCAGUGAUGAAAUGUUCGCAGGAGAUUUGAAUUUGAGAAGCUGGGUGCAUAAUUCACUUCCUGAUGAGUUGGAUCAAAUCAUAGAUGCUGACUUACUCACACUAGAUGAAGAGAACUUAAGAAGUCAAAAGCUGCAAUGUGUGUCAUUCAUUAUGGAGUUAGCCAUGAAUUGCACAAUUAGUAUUCCAGUUGAAAGGAUGAACAUGACUGAUGUUGUAACAACAUUGAAAAAGAUCAAACAAAAGCUUUCUUCCUAUUAUUGA